AUGCUGCGCAUGUCGGACUCGGUCGUGCUCCUCGAGCCGCCGGCCGCCGCCGCCUCGUCGCGCGUCAUCGUCGUCAACGCCAAGGAGCUCGGCGGCGACUACGUCAAGAAGGGCGUUGCGUACGCGGCGACGAACCGCGACGUCCUCUGCUGCAAGUUUUGCCACAUCGUCGCCACCUGCAGCGACGACGUGCUCUACGACGAAGAGCACAUUUCGGUCUUUCGGCCGCUGCACCCGGCGAGCGCGUCGCACAUCCUCGUCGUGCCCAAGCACCACUUGCGCAACAUCAACCACUUGACGUCGGCGCAUUUGGCGCUCUUGGCGCGCAUGAAGGACGUGGCGAGACACGUCUUGGCGCAGCUCGGCCACUACCGCGGCCGCGACGCCGACCUGCACCUCGCGUUCCACAGCCCACCGUUCAACUCGAUCGACCACGUGCACAUGCAUGCAAUGGUCAAGGCGCGCAAGACCGCGCUCGGCUGCGUCAAGUACAAGACAGGCACGUGGUGGUGCCGCAGCUACAAGUACGUCGUCAACCGCCUUCAGUCGAAGAAGGCGUCGACGGCAUCGACGACCAACGCGACGACGACGACGAUCAGUAACAAGCCCCGCGCCCGGUCCUUUCACGGAAGCACGGAAUUGACCAGCUAUCUGCAGCUCUGCGACUCCAGCCAUCGGAAGUUUGGAACGUACCCGUCGCUUGACACCGAGCGACUCGACCCGAUCGAGUCGAUCUAA